AUGGACCAUAUACCCAGCUUUGCCGUGCUCCGCGAGAGUCCUUACCUUGUCGUCUUCGCCGGCUGCAUCAUGCUCCUCCUCGCCCGCUCCGUCCUAUCACGCCGGCGCCGCCGCGGCAGCCUCCCACUGCCCCCCGGCCCGCGCCGCCUCCCGCUCAUCGGCAACAUGCUCGACAUGCCCGCCCCCGGCGUGCCCGAGUUCCAGCACUGGCUCCGCCACAACGCCCUCUACGGGCCCGUCAGCUCCCUCGAGAUCAUGGGCCAGACCAUCGUCCUCCUGCACAGCCGCGACGCCGUCCGGCAGCUGCUGGAGAAGCGCUCCAAGAGCACCUCGUCGCGCCCGCACAUGGAGUUUGGCCACGGCAUGUGCGGCUACGACAACAUCCUGUCGGUGCAAAAGUUCGAGGACAGCAGCUACGUGCCGCGGCGCCGGCUGGUCCACCAGUACUUGGGCACGCCCGCGGCCUCGGAGCGCUACCAGGGCAUGCAGGAGGCGCAGGCGGGCAGGAUGCUCCGGUGGAUGCUGGACGCGCCGGAGCGGCUGAUGGAUCACAUUCAAUACUUCUCGGCCGCCGUCGUCCUCGAGGCGACCUACGGAUACACCCUCGGCUCCUCCGCCACCGAGGACCCUCUCGUCACGCUCAUGCAGGAGGUCCUCGACAACAUCACCGAUGCCUUCGUCCCCAUGGCGUGGUCCGUCGACGCCCUGCCCGCCCUGCGACACGUGCCCGCGUGGCUCCCCCUCGGCGCCGACUUCGUCCGCACCGCGCGCCGGUGGAAGCUUGCCGCCGAGACCGUCGCCGACACGCCGCUCGCCUUCGUCCGGGCGCAGAUGCGCCGCGGCGCCCACCGCCCCUCCUACGUCGCCAACAUCCUCGAGCGCGAGCUCGGCGGCGACCCCACCGGCACCCGCAAGCACAGCACCACCGAGGACGACGUCAAGUGGACCGCCGCCACCAUGUACGGCGCAGGCGUCGAGACCUCCUCCUCCACCCUCGAGGCCUUUGUCCUCGCCAUGCUGCUCUUCCCGGACGUCCAGAUCAAGGCCCAGCAGGAGAUUGACCGCGUCCUCGGUGCCGGAUCCCGGCUGCCCACCUGCGCGGACCGGGCGAACCUGCCCUACACGUCGCAGGUGGUCACGGAGGCGCUGCGCUGGUUCCCCGUGCUGCCGAUGGGCGUCGCGCACGUCACGCAGGAGCCGCUCGAGCACGACGGGUACGCGAUCCCCAAGGGCGCCUACCUGCUGCCCGCGACGUGGUGGCUGUGCCACGACCCGGCCGCCUACGCGGACCCGCACGUCUUCGACCCGGACCGGUACCUGGCCCCGCGCGGCGAGCCGGACCCGCGCGGCGUCGUCUUCGGCUUCGGCCGCCGCAUUUGCCCCGGGAGGUACUUUGCGGACGCGAGCCUGUGGGUGGCGAUUGCGCGCGUGCUGGCCGCGUUCACCAUCUCCAGCGCGGUCGACGAGGAAGGGCGGGAGAGGAGGGCGGAGCUGGGAUACACGUCGUCGCUGACGAGUCGGCCGACCAAGUUCCCGGUGAGCGUGGCGCCGCGGAGCGAGAAGCACGCGGAGCUCAUCCGGGGUCUUGAGACAGGUGCUUGA